AUGGGAGGUCGGGGCGAUGGAGGACGGGUGAGGGACGAUAUCAGCAGCGAGGCGGAUGACCAGAAGCAGAUGACGAAUCGGGACGAAUGGGACAUAGUGUCCCAGAGCGGGACGAUGGGUCGGGGCCUGAAGAGCAUCAAGGACCAGCACGAGGACUUAGGUCGGGCCGCGAGGAUCGCAGAGGAGGAGGCAGCACCUUCAUCACCAUCCCGCCAGUUUAAGAAGCACCAGAUCACCAGGAUCAGCCACCCGCCCCAGCACUUGCAGGGUAAAGCAGGCAGCGCUAAAGCUGAACGGCGUAGAUCGCUUGAGGAACGAGCCACCCUGCGGGACCUCGGCUUCACGAUCACGAGCGAACCAUUGCGAAACAUCGACAGGGCGAUCAAGUCACGGGUGGACGGGGGCUUGGCGGCGGCCAACGCGAUCUUAGGCAAGCACGUGAAUCCAGACGCGAUCCAGGUGAACAGCGACAUCGACAGCGAGAACCUCGGCGGCGACUACCUGCGCAGCGACCACCGCGUGCAGGAGCAGUACCUGGCCGCGCGGGCGGCCAGCCCAACCCUCAAGUGGCUCCUCAAGGGCCCCUUCCCGUGCCUCGUGCAGCUGUGGGCCAGAAAAUUCUGGCGGAUAGCCCCCCCCGAGACGCCUCGCAGGGGCGACGAGGACAUGAGCGCCCGGACGACGGAGGGCGAGGCGGAAGGCAAGGACGGAAAGGACGGCAAGGGCAAGCGCCUGGCCACGUUGACGAAGCUCGCGUUCCAGAACUCGUUCAGGCUGAGGCUCGCGGCCGCCGCGACCAUCGACGCCUUCGCACUCCCCAAAGAGCGCCGCGCGAUCCAGAAGCUCGAGGCAGCGAUGGAGGACUACCGCAAGGAGGCGUGGGCGGCCCGCCCGCGAGGCGCCGAGGCGCUGCGCGAGGCGGGCAGCCCAGUGGCGAGCCUUGCAGUCGGCCUGCUCGAGAGUCUGGCGGAGUGCGACGUCGGUGGAAAAGCAAGGACCACUCUCGAGCUCGACGUGGCCGCGAUCAGAGUCGAGCGGUGCCACGACACCGACGAGGUGAAGCUCCAGGUGGCCGCGCCAGUAUGGCCGAUGAGAGGAGUCAUCACGAACGCGUACAUCGCGGAGGGAGUGGCAAACCGCCACACUGGUGUGGCACUGCCUGGUUGGUUGGAAGACGAGCUGGCGAGCUGGCUCGCCAUCCUGACGCAGAUGCAGCGGCUCUUCCGCAAGGGCAUCUUCUGGCAGGCGUACAACGUCCCUCUCGACGGCUUCAGGGUGGCUCCUGAUGGCCUGAACGCCCGAUAUGAAAACAGGCUGUGCCGGCGGGGAUCCCUGCAGCGAGGGACGGCGGCUAUGCGGCCCGUUUGGGGCGUGGCGCAGGCGGCCAUCGAUGCCGCCGGCAUCAGCGCUGCUAGCAAACCAAAUCUGGGCGCCCUGGCCGCCUGGGGCUUCCGGAACACCUUCCUGGACGACCGGGUGCCCGCCCGCCGCAAGCUGCGGGAGUGGGUCCAGACCGACGCGGCCCGCGCCGCGGGGAUCGACCACCGCUGCCUGGAGCAGGCGGACUACUGGCGCGAGCUCGCCACCUACCGCUUCCUGGUAUCGCCCCGCGGCGGCGGGAUCCAGUCGCCGAAGAAUGACGAGGCGCUGCUCGUCUACACCGUCCCGAUCACCACGCGGGAGGCGGCGACGGCGCUGCAGGCCCAGGCGCGCUUCAUCCGCGAGGUGAAGCGGUGCAAGACGUCGGAGCGGCGCGCCGCAGACGCCGCCGACGGGCACGCGGCGACCGACGCCGCGUGGGACGCGGAGCGUCUCAGGGGCGGCGACAAGGUGCAGGAGCAAGGCGACGACCUCAAGAUGAAGUCCAACCAGUGGGACCCUGCCGUGCUGUUGAGGCAGGCGUGGACCCAGGAACAGCAUUCUUAUUGCGAGGAGAAGAUCCAGGAGAUUGCGGACACCAGGUCGCCAGCUAUCAUACAGCGCCAUUACGACGCUACCCCCGUGCGGAUGUCGUUCGGGAAGUUGCAGGAUUCGCAUUCGGAGCGGGGGCGGAUGGUGGAGGAGUGGGACGGGGAGAGCGAGGGGCUAGGUCGGCGAGACUCGCGACCGAGAGUCUCCUCGGAUACGUCUGGUGGCGGUGAUCCUUGGUGCGUCUGGCAGGACGUGCUGAUGCCGCACGCUCGGUACGCGUUCAAGGAUGAGAGCACUCAGAGGUGGGAGUCUUUGAAUUUGCGGGAAUACCUUCAGAAGAACCCGCGGGCCAGGGUCAUGCAAGCAGGGGCGUUGAACGUCCUCGGCCACUCGGCCAGGGGGAACCUCAUCACCGCGUGCCGCACGCUUCAGCGGCGAGAGGGAGCGGAGGUAUCCGACGAGGCGCUGUUGAAGUUCUGCGACCUGUGGAACGGGGAGUGGUCGGGCCCCUUUGUCCACUACUGCGACGGGUGCUGCCUCGAGGGCGAGGUCCCGAACAACAUGUUCGCGGCCGCGCUCGAGGUGGACCUGCUUCAGUCCAGGGACAACGUGCUCCCCAGCGUCGACGACUGGAACUCGUGCGGCUUCUCCUGCGGCAAGACAGCGCUCGGCAUCCUGUGCCACGACGUCUUGACUUCCGUGGUCCAGCGCGCCCUGCCUACUUGGUCCAGCAUGGACGUGGCAGCAGAUGGGCAGGGUGUCAGGGGGAACGGGUCAGAGGAGAUGAGGAAGCGCAACCAGAGGAAGGCUUGGAGAACGAAGAAAGUUCUGACUGACGAGAAUCGCAGGCAAGCGGCCAAGACAGCGUCUCGCCCUGCCAGUGGCUUCGUACACUGGAUGAGCGUUCAGCAUGCCAAGCGACGGGCGGACCCUGGCCUCGCGGGUGACUAUGCUGCGUGGAAGGCUGAGAAGCUGCAAGAGUGGCACGGCCUGCCCGACGUCCGUAAGACAGAGGAGAAGUUGAAGGCCGAAGCGCGCCACUCUGAGGCCCAGGCCAGAGAGGAAGACUCCCAGGACGACGGCAUCGCGGGCCACGGCAGGCACGUUCGCGACUACGGGAUCUACGGCACUGUCUUGGACAACGUUGGGGACUUGCGUCAGCCUUACCAGGGCAACCCGAAGCACCUCCCUGGAUUCACUUCCUACGCGGCGGACGUCCGCCAGAUGCAGGCCGACAUGCUAUUCCCCGAAGAUGAGUUCAUUUACGAUUUGCCGUGCCCUCUGGCGCACCCUGGGCUGUGCGCAACAAAAGACAGAUGGUGCUACAAACAAGUGGUUGAGACGGCCAAGCGGCUUACCGACUACUUCAGUGGGCAUCGGAGGGGUUCUUUCCACUUCAUCCGGGUUCUUGGGGCUGAUGGUUUCCAGGUGAGCACGUGGGUAUCGUUGUCUCAUGUGCACGGGAGUCCCAAGUACGUUCUACUAGCGACGGGCACGAUGGAUGCUAGCACCCGCGUGGUGUCCUUGGACCAUAGGGAUGCAGCGCUGCAUUUCAUGAUGGGCACGUCCUUCCUCGCCAAGCUGUAUCGCAUGGCAGGGGAGGCGCGGAUGCCCCACACCAUCGGCGUAUCUGCGGCGUCCCAGGAUGAGGUGGCUUCGCGAUCCUUGUCUGCUUUAUGUGUCGUUGUUCCUGAGACUUGGGUACUGGAGCACUCGCAGCGGGAGGUCUUCGCCCUCCCUCGCCCCCCGGCGCAGAAGCGGCCAGCCCGCAGUUCGGAUGCCAAGAAGAUGGCCGAGGGUUUGGCCAAGUUGCCCGCCGAUGACGACGGGGGGAAACGGAAGGUCAAGAGUGGCCGAGUCGGGGUGAAGGUUCGCAUGCCCAAGCCCGUCGACGACGUCACCGACGUGUUUUCCGAUCACACUGUGAGCGGCACCGACGACGACGACCAGCCGCACCCAGAGCACGAGCACCAUCCCGACAGCGACAGUGACGUGUCCUUGGUCCCGCAGAUGCUGCAGCGGGCGACGGUGCUGAUGACCCUGCGCCCGUUGUUCGCAGGGUUCGGCAUCAGGGGGAAGUUCGUUGGCUAUGGUGGGAACUGCUACAGGCAUCGGAACACCUGGCAGCCUGGUGCCUCCUGCCAGCGGGCAUUCACCUUCUAUGGGAAUACUCCAGAGCAAACUAGAUGCCUGGCCAAGAAGUGGCUCCUCAUGGGCGUCGGUAUUCGGUCAGACCUCAAGAACGGGAAGUUCAGGCAUCUCUCCGAGAUCAAGAGGUCGGAUAUACCUUUAAUUCCUGAGGCCGAGUUGGACCGCCUCGCGGCGGAGCUCGUGUGA